AUGCGGCGUCUGCGCUCCCUGCUGGUUCUAGUGCUGCUGGCGAUGACCGUGCAGCUGGGGUGCGCCCGGCACAGGAUCUCAGUCCGAGUUGUCGGGGGUGGGGACGCCCGAAGGGGCCGGUGGCCGUGGCAGGUCAGCCUCCAGUACAAUGGACACCACCACUGCGGGGGGUCCCUCGUCUCGGCCCAGUGGGUCGUGUCGGCAGCGCAUUGCUUCGACUUCUCUAACCUCGCCUCCUCCUACCAAGUGAACCUGGGGGAGCACCAGCUCUCCAACCCCUCCCCAGGCCGGAUCUCGUCCAACAUCAACCGGAUCAUUCUCCACCCCAACUUCCGCAAGGAGCCCCACAGAGCCGACAUCGCCCUGGUACAGCUGGUGGAGGCGGUGGGAUACACCGACGAAAUCCGCCCCAUCUGCCUGCCAGGCCCUUCCAACACCAUCCCUGAGGACCACACGUGCUGGGUCACCGGCUGGGGGAACACAGGCACGGAGGACCCCAGCAGAGAACUCGUGCUGGUCACUACAGACAGUGUCACUCGAGGCCCGAGGGAAUCCAGCGCCUGUGGCAUCGCCGGGGUCCAGGCCACGAACCCUUCUCCGGAUCUGGGCGCCCAGCCUGGGAAGCUCCUUAAUGAACGAUGCCGGGUCUCAAGGACGAGCCAGGGCUUGGACAGCCGGCCCGUGGGCAAGUCUGCCUCUUGGGCCCAUGCGCUGCCUGAAGAAGACACCCAAGGACUCUCCUAA